CUUAUUGAUUAAAUUUAAUUAAUUUUUAUAUGCGAAUAAACAUUUUACGGGUAUUUUACUGUUAUAGAAACUCGUUUAGGCAUGUUUCACAAAUUAAAAUGGUAUCUGCUGGUGGCGCUGUGCGAAGCUAGGCUGGUUUAAAACCGUAGAAGAAGAAGCGCAACAAUAACACACGUGUGCAAAAUUCUCUUGUAAGUAUUUAUUUUCUUGUUAUGUGUUUUAGAUAAGCAAAUAUCUUGGCGUAAUAACGCUAGCUGAGGACACUAGCACGGCUUCAAAGCUAACAAACGUAUUUCCUCCCUUUCUUUUAGUUCAUUUACAAUGAACCAUACUGAAGAGCAGCAGCAUCCCUCCCUCUACUUGGAAGUUUGUACCCAAAAUGAGGAGCCGCGUCUUCCUUUGCACACAUCCAUAGUCCUCUUCCUUCUGUCUUACUGCGAGUGCAAGUCGUUCACAGUGUUUCUGGUUUUCAGCAACAAGACGAGCCGCAGUUCAGACUCGGAGUCACUGAGGGCUCAGCUUCCAGGUUCUGUCAGUGUGACCGACGUUCAGCUGGAGGACCUGCCACAGCUGGUGAAGAGCUGCAGACUUCCGGCUGCUGUGGAUGAAAGCGGACGGCUCUGCAGGGCCGGACUGGCUGUGGUCCUCAGGCACAUCAUUAUCAAAACCACUGAGGCCGAUCCGACCAGGAAGGAUGUUCUGACGCUGCUGGGUUUCAAGAAAACAUGCUUGAAGGCCUGUGCAGAGGUGAGCCGGUGGACCCGACUCUGUGAACUUGGCGUCCCCUCCGCUGUUGAAAAACACCUCCAGAACCCCACGAAUCAGGCAAGUCAGCUGCCUCCGCCCAUCCUCACCCUCGAGCGGCGGCUGGCGGAGCCCGUCAAGGUCCACAAUGACGACAAAAUCCGGAGGCAGAAACUGCAAGAGCAGAGACUGCGAGAAAAUACGACUCUGUCUAAAGCCCAGGGGUCACAGCAGAUCUCUGAGCCCGGUCCCGGCCUCUCGGCUGAAGCGUCUGACAGACUGGAGCUCAGAGCAGCCCUGGCCAAGCUGUCAGUGGAUUCAGUUCCAGCUGGAACCACUAGAGAGAACUCCGAGAUCAGAAAAGUGAAGACAACAGAUCUGCCUCCUCUGGAGCACGUGUUUGCUGAGGGACUGUUCUUCACUCUGACGGAUGUGGUGCUGCUGCCGUGCAUUCAUCAGUAUCUGUGUUCCCUCCAAGCCCAUGCUGCCAGCGCUCUGCAUCAGAUUCCUCACCUGCUGCGUUGGUACAGCCGUGUUCAGGAGGUACCCGGAGUCCUUCGGGCUGCCAAGGAUUGUGGGAUUCUUUUAUUUGACCCCCAGCUUCCCACAUUGAGCCUCCCGCGCCCAUUAGAGUUGGACAAUCCACUUAGCCUGCUGGAACAGGAGGAGGACCAGAUGACCCCUCAACUUCCCUUUGUUGGUGGGCCCAGACCAACAAUGACUAAACUUAAAGAAAAUGGCAUCGAGGCCGUCUUCACUCCUCAUCCUUGCCCUGCCUGGACCCUCCCUUGGGACAGUUUACCAGAAGCAAUCAACCCCACUGAAGGGAAAAUGUCAAACAUCCGUGCCGUCAGAAAGAUGCAACAGCUAAAUAACUUGGUUGCCAUGGUCACGGAGCUUGCCAGACCAAGAUGCACAGUUGUGGAUUUCUGCAGUGGAACGGGUCAUGUGGGAAUUGUUCUGGCUCAUGCACUUCCAGAUUGCCAGAUCACCCUGAUAGAGAACAAAGAGGAGUCUUUGGUUCGAGCCCAGCGCCGCAGCGCUGAGCUCGGGCUGAAAAACAUUGGCUUCAUUCAGGCCAAUCUGGAUUACUUCACUGGACCGUUCCACAUUGGGGUUGCUCUCCACGCCUGUGGUGUUGCUACAGACAUGGUGCUGGAGCACUGCAUCCAGGCAGGAGCCGCCUUCGUCAUCAGUCCCUGCUGCUAUGGCUUCAUCCAGAACGCGGUCAAGUUCUCCUUCCCCAAGAGCACAAGGUUCCAGGACACACUGUCAUACAAGGAGCACAUGAUCCUCUGUCGUUUCGCCGAUCAAACUGCUGUCCAGCUGCCACCCGAGAGGCGCCUCAUCGGUAAACAGUGUAUGGGCUUGGUAGACCUGGAUCGAUCGUGGGCAGCAGAGACUCAUGGGUACUCUGUGCAGGUGAUGACUAUGGAGCCAGAAAGCUGCUCACCGAAGAACAACAUGCUGGUGGGAAGGCCGCCACAGAGGACUGAACAGGAAGUCAUUGAUCAGCAUCUGAAAGCAUCGCAGAAUAAUUAGGAGUGCGAGUGUUCAGCAGGAUGUUGUCAGAACAAUCAGGGUUGGAUAAAGUACUCAAGCAUCUGUGUGGUGUGGUUAAAUCAUCACUAUUUUUAUAUAUUUACUUAGUUUUGUUUUAUUGGUUUUGUGCAGAUUUGGUUUCAAUAUAACAAAGUAAAAUGUUUCUGUAUUUGUUAAAGAAAAAUCGUACAAAAAAUAUGUUUGGAACCAACGAAAUGUUAAAAUUUGCUCUCUUUUCACACAUUUGACUGAAUCCCCUCAGAUAAGUCCUUCCAGUUAUUGCUGCUUGGUUUUAAUAAAAGAGCUUGAGCCUUUCUCCAACUUGCAAAGCAGUCGUGUCUUUGCUUGCAGUGUUUGUUCAAGCUGUCGGCGUACACCGAAGCAGCGGGAAUCUCGCACCCACCUCGCUAAUGAAGCGCGCCAUACGUCCACGUUCGCCGAGAAAUGUGUCUGUGAAAGCGCUCAUCAGUCAGCUCCGGCUGAUUAACCCAAGGAGAAAUUCAGAGCUCGAAAACUCAUCUGCGCUUAAAGAUGAGAUGUGGACUCGCCUCCGUCUCAUCUCGCCUCCACCUCUGUGUGUUCUAAUGAAAGACUGAGACGGAAAGCCGUCCGCGGAACCGGGGGAAAUAAGAUUUAAACUCCCAUCACAUCAGGUAAAAAAGACCACUUUUCAUGCUUCUACAGAGAACCUGAUUAUUUCUCGCGAAGAAGCAAUGUGAACAGGCUCUGCGUUCAGUAAUAAAUUCAGCAGCAAUAAAUAUUUUAUGAUUCUGCCAAGAAGGUCAGUGCCUGAUUAGGUGCCGUGGUUUAGAUCCCCAUCACUGAAAAUUACACAGUUCUCCUUUUCCACUUUGUUGACAAACUGCUACUGCUGAACAUCUCAUUCCUGCUGCGGACUCUGGUUCUCUUGAAAAGAAUCAUAUUCUGCCACAAAUGUGUCGGCUGCAGAAAAAGAAGUGUUAAGAGGAGAGCCCUCACAGAGGGGCUAUACAGGAAAUACAGGGUUUUUUUUAGCAAUGGCCUCAUCUGAAUUCAGUCAGUAGAGUCAAUCUGUCCUGAGGUAUGUUUUUUUUUCCUCUCUUUUCCAAAAAGCAGGCGUUUGACUCCUCAUUUAUGCUUGUGGCUCUGCACGAGUAUACAGAGAAAACACAGUUGGUUCUGCCUAAAGCCCGCGUGAGAACGAGAAAACUGUGAAGCUGUGAAAAGCGUUGACUGAACUUAAAACACAAAGGACUGGAGGGUGACUGGAGUGGAUUUUUUUUUUUUAGUUUAAAAAAAGAAAUUAUGUUGACUUUUUGCUUGAAUAUAAAACUUUUCUUUGGUAAGAACUCUUCUCAGAGAGCUUUAACACGACUUCAUGGUGAGUUAUACACUGAGCUGAACACAGCAGAGUUGCACCUCCAUGCUGUUGGUCAUUCCCUUCAAGAUCUUUGAAUCUUGCCUUUUUUAUUUUUAAUGUACAGCCUGGUCAAUAAAGUUAUUUUUAUUUAAUUUGCAUAUUUUUUAUUACAGUUAAAAUCACACUUUUUUUACAUUUAAGUGCUGCAUUCUUCUUUUUUUUUUUUUUUGUCUCCUAUAAUAGAUGCUUUAUAACAAUGCUAUUCAACUAAAUUACUUUGUUUUCUACAGUUACUGAAAGCCAGCCGCUCAGGGGCUGGACAUCCAGCAAUUAAUAAAAAUUUAAAUGUGUA